UCCGAAAUAAAUCGCCCAAUGAAACUCGUUAUUGUAGUAUUUUUUUGAAAAAAUAAAUGUCACAGACUUGGCAACAAAAAUAUUUCGUUCUACUUUCAAACCGUCAAUCUCGUGAGCAAAUUUACCAUUUUUUGGCCACUGUUUUACUAUAUAAUUCCGCUGUACCCACCCAGCAACCAGUGCAGUACCAUAAAGUACCAUCAAAAUGAUAUCACAAGCCGCCAUUGUUGCCCUUUUGUUGGGCGCAGCCAGCGCUGGGGUCGUUUUGGGAGGAUUGGAGGACCAUGUGGGGGUAGUUGGACUAAGCCAUGGAGUGGUUGGACUUAGCCAUGGAGUAGUUGGAGUGGGGCAUGGAGUUGUGGACGUCCACACUCACCCCAAAUACGCUUUUAAAUAUGGAAUCGAGGACCACCACACCGGCGACAAGCACCAACAGUCGGAAGUCCGCGACGGGGAUGUCGUCAAAGGGGAGUACUCGCUGGUGGAGCCCGAUGGUACCGUCCGCGUGGUCAAAUACACCGCCGAUGACCAUAAUGGGUUCAAUGCGAUCGUGCAACGGAUCGGACACGCUGUGCAUCCACAGGUGCUGGUCAAGAAAGUGGUUCCGGUGGCCCAUGGCUACGUCGGAGGACUGGGACUCCUGGGGCACGGCUACGAAAGCGGACUCUUGGACGGACAUGGGGUGGUAGUGCAUCAUGGAAUCGGGGGAAUCUAAUUAAAUAUUUCGAUUGUCUAAGUUAUUUAAUUCAAUAAACAAUAAAUGUUUGAUU